AACUUAGACAAUCUUACAAAUACAAACACAAACACAAUCUUGGGUUGUGACAACAAUUACAAACAAAAAUCUCAUCUCAAAGGAAAAGGAACACUAAAAACAAUUACACAUUCACAUUCAUAUAAUCACAUUGACUCUAUAAAGUGUUUUAAUUUCACCGUACCGUUUUCUUCGCCCUUCGUUUCAUCGACCCAUCCAAUUUCUUCUCAUCUUUCAAUCAAUCAAUAAUCUUUCCGAUUCCUUUUCUUCUUCGUUAUCAGACCACAAAUUCUAAUACAAACUUUGUGGACCUUCGAUAAUAGCAGGAAGUCGGUUGUGAUGGCAUAACAGACAUACAUGAAACUGGUUAUAAAUUUAUAAUGUCUGAACUGAUUGAAGGACUCCCUGAUGCUGUUGCAAUAAGGUGCCUUGCACGCGUUCCCUUUUACCUCCAUCCAAAGCUAGAGGUUGUCUCUCGUUCUUGGCAAGCAGCCAUUCAUAGCCCUGAGCUAUCAAAAAUUCGACAGGAGGUUGCUUCAUCUGAGGAUCUCCUGUGUGUCUGUGCUUUUGAUCCAGAGAAUGUAUGGCAACUGUAUGACCCUCUUAGAGAUCUCUGGAUUACCCUUCCCGUUCUUCCCUCAAAGAUCAGGCACCUUGCUCACUUUGGUGCUGUAUCCGCAGCUGGAAAGUUGUUUGUCAUCGGCGGUGGAAGUGAUGCUGUUGAUCCUUCGACCGGUGAUCACGAUGGAUGUUUUGCAACCGAUGAAGUCUGGUCAUAUGACCCCAUAAUCCAGCAGUGGGCCCCUCGGGCUUCAAUGCUUGUUCCCCGUUCUAUGUUUGCGUGCUGUGUUUUGAAUGGGAAAAUUGUUGUCGCCGGGGGCUUCACUAGCUGUAGAAAAACAAUCUCUCAAGCAGAAAUGUACGACCCUGAGAAGGAUGUAUGGACUCCAAUGCCUGAUCUUCAUCGCACUCAAAAUUCAGCCUGUUCAGGAAUAGUGAUUGGUGGAAAGAUGCAUGUACUGCACAAGGAUAUGUCAACAGUGCAAGUUUUAGACAAUGCAGGGGCUAGAUGGAUCGUUGAGGAGUGUGAGUGGCUUCAAGGUCCAAUGGCAGUAGUUCAGGAUGCACUUUGUGUUAUGAGCAAUGGAUCUAUCAUAAAGCAAGACAAAGAAGGGAGAAAGAUUGUAAGUUCAGCAACAGAUUUUAAAAAGAGAAUUGGGUUUGCAAUGAUUGGAUUAGGUGAUGAUUUAUACAUGAUUGGAGGCGUCAUUGGACCUGACAGAUGGAACUGGGACAUUAAGCCAUUAUCAGAUGUUGAUGUUCUCGGACUUGGUAGUGAGAGACCAACUUGGCGCCAAAUAGCUCCAAUGACACGGUGUCGUGGUACCAUUGUUGGUUGUACACUGAUGAGAAUUUAAACCCUCUUUCUAGCUAGGCUCCCAUGUACUUUGUACUCAGAUGGAUUCACAUCCCUUCAACUACACUAAGAGUAUUUGUGUUGAUAACAUGCGGUUACAAGGUAAGUUUUUUCUGUGUCUGUUCUGUUUGAAGCAAAGCAGCAGCAUAGUCUAUCAGCAAGCAUUUGACAAACCAGAGCUACUUCACUUUGCAGUUUAUCACUUACAUUACGUAUCAUAUGGAGACCGCUUGUGUAGCACAAAACAACAAUUUCAUUGAGUUCUUUUCUACUGUUUUUCUGUUUUCUGAAGGUAGCUCAGAGGGAUUAUGUUUCAAAACUCCAUAAUCUCAUAAUUUUGUUAAUAUUAAUAUGGAAAUUAAAACUAGUUAUGGGAUGGGUUUCAUUCUUUCUUCCUCCAA